AUGAAGAAGAAGGAAUUAAGCUUCUUGAGCUCUCAAAUUAUUUGUAUGAACAAGCAACACAAUCAUCGAUUGCCACAAGACCAAACAGCGGAAAUUAAAGUUUCUACUCACAUUGCCGCUAAUGCCUCCCUUUCCCAGCAGCACACCCAUAUCUUUACAGCUUUCCCAAAUAUAAACGUCCUAAUGAGUGCGGAGUUCCUGGGUUUGGGGGAGAGUCGCCGCAUAAUUUGGAACCAACGUACAAAUAUCGGUGAUGCAAAUAAUUGGGAGGACAACAAAAUGCCAUGUUCAUCAGAUGCACUUCACUUCCCACAACGAAGUUAUGAUCUCAUUAAGUUGUCAAACUUUAGCAUGAAGGAAAUCAUUUUGCCCAAGACCGGCGGCUUCAUAUUAGACUCACAAACGACUUUGAACUUCCACGAAAACGAUCCACAAUGCAAGCCAAAUGAAACGAAAAUGUUUAAAAGUGUCAUUCAAUCGCCAUGGUUAUCGACCAGCAAUUGGAAUAACGCUCGUGACGUAAGUGAGAUUGAAGUUGACGAUGAAUUUUAUAACAAAGCGACACCACAUGAAGAGCGACUGCCAUGUGACAACGACGAAGUCAUUUUCCCCAUCAAUAAUUCAUAUGUUGUCGACCUACAAUCAAUUCCGUCAUUGUCUUUCAAGACCAUCGCCAUAAAUGGUCGCAUUUUGUCGAUUGGGGAAUUUAAAGAGUUCUUGUCGUCAACAUUUGGUCAGUCAAUGUUCAAAAACGUCGAAAACACGAUUUUUGAUGAAAGUUCUUGUAUCGAUGAGAACAAAUGUGUCUGUCAUCGCAAGAAUGCUGCUUUAAUGGAGCAGCUAUGUUCGAAUGAGAUGCGAGACUGUCGAAGUAUUCCGCCUUGUACCGACCCCAUCGAACCCAUUGGUCAUUGUUGCUUCGAAUGCGGAGCGCUUUUCCAAAUGAAACUCAACGCAAUCAAUAAUUUUCAAUUGAAAACUUUCAAGAGAAAUAUUGCAGAAGGUGAAUGA